AACAGGAAUAUGCUCAGUCUGCUAUAGAUAAUAUUGGGGCUGCCAGAAUGAAAGGAGUCUGCCGGGAAUCCCCUUCUGUUUAUCAGCUAGAGGCACUGUUAGAUGCUUACUCAGGCAAUUUACAUCAUGUGGAUCAAGUGUUCCCCAGUCUUUUCUUAGGUGAUGUUGUGAUUGCCAAUGAUAAGAGUAAGCUGAAGAAGAUGGGUAUAACACACAUCCUUAAUGCUGCCCAUGCCUCUUGGGAGUGCACAGGAGAUGGCAUUGAUUAUGGUCCAGAGAUACAGUAUUAUGGAAUCACAGCAGAAGACUGUCCACAAUUCAAUAUGAGGUUAUUUUUUUACCCUGCAGCAGAGUUUAUUCACAAAGCUCUGAAUACACCAAAUGGAAAGAUCCUUGUUCACUGUGUCUUGGGCAAAAGUCGAUCUGCCACCUUGGUGCUGGCAUACCUAAUGAUUUACCAGCACUUCUCCCUGGAAGAUGCAAUCCGCCAUGUAGCAAAGCGCCGAUGCAUUGCACCUAAUCGAGGUUUUCUGGAACAGCUGCAAAGUUUGGAGGCAGAGCAGCAUAGCAGACUUUGGAGAUGUAAUAUUCUUUGAAGGAGCAUGAUGAGAUGCAACAAAGAACAAGAUAUUUAUAGUGCAAGGGAUUUUUACAGAAACACUUUAAUGUUGUCUCGCCCAUUUUUGUUUUGCAAAGGAAGGUCAUUUCCUGCGAUUAAGCCUGAUUGCUGGUAGUAAUGUACUUUACUUGUGGCAACCCUAAUGAUAGUCCAUGGCAAGGUAUUUUCGGGAAGAUUUGCAGCCAGCAAGGGCCAUUUUUUUAAUGCUGUCUUCAAAUCUCUCUGUGUUUCAUUGCCCUAAGCAAGCACCCUGGAAAGAGAGUGCUCUAUGGAAGAGAACAAAGAUGGUUGAAUUGCAGAGAUCAGAUGCUUUAUUAAGCUUCACCUAUAGCAUAAGAGAAUACUUUGAUAAUAAAAGUCACAACUUACCUUAUUUUACCAUAUGACCAUGACCAUGUGUAAAUCCAGGAAAUGCUUAGAACUACUAUCAUCAUAGUCUUUACAGCUGUAUAAUAUCAUUUGUAAUCCUUUCCCUUCUAAUCCACUGGUAGUAUCAUUGGUAGGUUAUAUGCUUUAUAAAUACACAUGGUUAUUUUUCUAUACCCUAACUUUUUAAUGCAAAUUUAGUAACAUAUAUGCAGUCACCUCAUGGCACUGUUAUAUCAGUAAUUGCACAGGCAUCUAUGCCUUAUUCCUAAACAGAUGCUUCUAAUGUUUUAUGUGUUUGUAUGUACUAUUGUUUUAGUUGCUUUAUGCAGUAUUAUGUACCUUGCAAUAUCAUGCUGUUCGUUUUGGUGUAUAGUAUCAGUAAGCACUGUAAUUUCUCUGUUUCCCUAGUGUCACAUUUGCCCUUUGUUAAUAAAACUGAAGCAUACUAA